CGCGGGGCGCUGCGGGGACCAAAGCGGGCUUCGUUGGGGCGACUGGAGCACGGCAGUGGGGUCUGCGGGGCGUACGAGAGCGGUGUUCGGCUCUGACGGGGAUAUUGAGGCCCGCAAAGGGCACGGAUUGGGACCUAGCUCCAUAACAACUCCCCCGACAUGCAGGGCAGCACGAGAAGAGUGGGUGCCAUGACGGAUGUCCAUCGGCGCUUCCUCCAGCUGCUGAUGACCCAUGGUGUGCUGGAGGAGUGGGAGGUCAGGCGUCUGCAGAACCACUGUUACAAGGUCCACGACCGAAAUGCUACUGUGGAUAAGCUGGAGGACUUCAUCAGCAAUAUCAACAGUGUCUUGGAGUCUUUGUAUAUUGAGAUAAAGAAAGGAGCCACAGAAGAUGACGGGAGACCCAUCUAUGCUCUGGUGAAUCUUGCUACAACUUCAAUUUCCAAAAUGGCCUCGGAUUUUGCAGAGAACGAGCUGGACCUGUUUAGAAAGGCUCUGGAACUGAUUGUUGACUCAGAGACUGGCUUUGCUUCUUCUACAAACAUUUUGAACCUGGUUGAUCAACUCAAAGGCAAAAAGAUGAGGAAGAAAGAGGCGGAGCAGGUGUUGCAGAAGUUCGUGCAGAGCAAGUGGCUGAUUGAGAAGGAGGGGGAGUUCACCUUGCAUGGCCGGGCCAUCUUGGAGAUGGAGCAGUUCAUCCGAGAGUCCUACCCGGAUGCCGUGAAGAUAUGCAACAUUUGCCACAGCCUCCUCAUCCAGGGUCAGAGCUGCGAGACGUGUGGUAUUAGGAUGCAUUUGCCUUGUGUGGCCAAGUACUUCCAGUCUACCUCUGAGCCACGCUGCCCCCACUGCAAUGACUACUGGCCCCAUGACAUACCAGAAGUCUUCGACCCUGAGAAGGAGAGGGAGGCUGGCAUCUCCAGGUCGAGCAGAAAGUCCUUGCGGACCCGUCAGCACUAGCUGUGUCCUGCAUGGCUCUGCUGUUGGUGGACUGAUUGAUCCUCACGACCCAUUCAGACCAGGGGCCUGACACAUGGCACAUGAAUUGCCUUCCUUGUUAUUUGCUCUUAACAUAUUUUUAAUAAAUGUUUCCUGAUGGUUGCUGUACUCUGCAAUCUCGAGUUUGUGUGGGGCUGGGUUCCCCAUGCUGAGGCAAGUGAACUGAACAGCAGCACUGGGUCAGAGCCACUGCCAGUCCUGGGCAGGUGUCUCUGUGUCUGGCUCUGGGUGGUUUUGGUCCAUGACCUUGGCCUUAGUGUCCAUAGCUACAAUAGCAUCUUACUCUGGCCCCUGUGUAGUAGCCCCUGCAGGCUGGGCUGGACUCAUUUUGUGCUGUUCACAUAGGGCCUUUUGUCCACUGGUUAUUUCAGCAAGUAGCCUGAGAGCCCAGUCUCUUUGUCCCUGGCAAUCUAUAUGAGGUUGUCCUCAAAGCCCUUGCUGUCUGGCCCCACAACUGCUGUCCAAACCAGAACCUACUCCAUCACCAGCUUAGCAGCUGCUCUGGUCCUGGUUCCAUUCCCCUUGGACAGUCACAUGCCACACCCUGCUGAGACCUGUUUUGAUUUAGGAUGAUUGAAUUGAAUUAGGACACAGUGGUGGUUCUCACCUGCUCACCUCAGCCUUCUUCCUUCCUUUCUCAACUCCUCCCCUUUGGUCCCUGGACUCACCACCAUAGUACCCAGUGCCCUUCCUUGAUCAGCUCUUGCCAUACUGUGGUUCUCUGCCUGCUUCUAUUUUGCCCCAACACGUCAGAACCCAUAUUGGCCCAAAUGAGGACUGAUGUGGCCACAGGUUCCUUCUGGAGGGGCUAGGUUUGCGGUUCCAGUGAUGUCACAGGAACCUUUGUGAUGUCACUUUCUGCCUCUGUCGAACUCUGGCAGAAAAGCAGAGCCCAUCUAGAAAGGCCAGGGCUUUUUUUUUUUGAGUCCCCAGUCCCAGGAUGUCCUAUACCCUCAGAGUUUUUAAGGUAUAGUUCAGGAAUCCCUGUAGCUCUGCCCUAGGACUACCCUGGGCAUGGUGCCUCUCCAGUCCCUGCGCUGGGAUGUCCAACUGCCUCCCUGUCCUGUGUUGCAGUGUUACAGUUCAGGCCAUCCCUGAGGUGACCAAGGAGCUCUGGAGAUAGCAGCUCUCCUGCCACCUGUCUCCCUAUCUCCAGCGUUUUCCCAGGGUGCCAGCCAGUCAUAUAAGCAUCUCAAAGGGAUUGAUACUCUCCACCCCAAACCCUCAUUAUCCAAGACCCUAGUUUGAUGUCCUUUACAAUCUGUUCUGCCCUCUCCUCCCACUGGUGCCAUGGGUGGGAAUCACUGACUGGACCAGGCCCCUCUGCUUCUCCCAGCGCCCAGCCUUCCCACUUCCAGGUCUCGGUCUACACUGUGACAUCGAAGACCAGUGGCUUCAGCCUGUGCUCAUCCCUGAUACUGCUCCAGUUGUGCUGUCCCUUUCUUUCCCUUUCCUGGGUCUGGCCAAUCCUCUUGGGGCCUGUCCUAGUUCACUUCUGGUAAAUACCAUAGCCAGAAGGAGCCUGGGGAGGAGAGACUUUCUCCUUUCAGUUUUCAGUCCAUCACGAAGGGCAGAACAAGGUAGGAGAGACCUGGAGGCAGGAACUGAAGCAGAGGCCGUCGACGGGUGCUGCUUACUGGCUUCCUUUCUUUCCUUCCUUUCCUCCCUGUGUUCUCUCCCUGUGCCUGUGCCUUACUUAGUCUGCAGAGGCAGGUGGAGCAGAGCAAGUUC